AGGUCACCCCUCACCAGCAAUAGCGCCGGAGUUUUUUAUAGGGGACUCAGAAAUUAACCUGAUCAAAAGUUGAGAGAGAGAGAGAGAGAGAGAGAGAUGGCAGAAAUGUACUGCUACAGGGAGGCGUUGCCCUUCGCAGCCAUGGUGACCAUGGAGUGUAUCAACGUCGGCUUAAACACACUUUUCAAAGCAGCUACUUUGGCGGGUAUGAGCUACCAUGUUUUCGUUCCCUAUGCUUAUGCAGUAGCUGCUGUUGUUCUCCUUCCUGCUCCUUUCGUUUCCCACAGAUCAAGAGUACUUCCUCCACUGAGCUUCUCUGUACUCAGUAAAAUUGCUCUUCUCGGGCUUAUAGGGAGCUCGUCUCAGAUCAUGGGCUACACUGGCAUCAAUUAUAGCUCACCAACUCUCGCUUCAGCCAUCAGCAACCUCACGCCAGCUUUUACUUUCAUAUUUGCCAUCAUCUUCAGAAUGGAAAGGGUUGCGUUACGAAGAACAAGCAGCCAGGCCAAGCUCCUGGGCACCAUCUUGUCAAUUGCAGGUGCUUUUGUAGUGACUCUCUACAAGGGCCCGCCAAUAAUUAUAUCGUCGAAAUCCUCCGUUCCGCUCAGUCAACAUCUUCUAAUUAUAUCGUCGAACUCCUCCGUUCCGCUCAGUCAACAUCUUCACUCGACAAACAGCAAUUGGAUACUUGGUGGCAUACUUCUCACUGCCGAGUAUGUUCUAGUUCCGCUAUGGUACAUUCUUCAGACACAGAUAAUGAAGGAGUACCCGGCAGAGUUAACGGUGGUCUUCUUUUACAAUCUAACUGUUAGCAUCAUAGGGGCAAUUGUUGCACUAAUUACAGAAGGAACUUCGAGUGCUUGGUUAGUGCGGCCAAAUAUAGCACUAGCUUCCAUUCUUUGCUCGGGUCUCUUUGGGUCAUGCCUGAACAAUACUGUUCACACAUGGGCUCUGCACUUGAAGGGACCUGUCUUUGUAGCAAUGUUCAAGCCAUUGUCGAUUGCCAUUGCUGUUGCGAUGGGCGUCAUGUUCCUUGGUGAUACUCUUUAUCUCGGAAGUUUGAUCGGAGCAACAAUUAUAUCUAUUGGAUUUUACACCGUAAUGUGGGGGAAAGCCAAAGAAGAGCUGGGUGAUGAUUGCAAUGCUGCUAAGCCGGAAUCCUCGUGUGCCCAGAAGGUCCCUCUAUUACAAGGCUACAACGCUACGAAGCUACAAGAUGAACAAGCGUAGGUAGGAGCAGACAGACUUUAUAUGUACAUAAAAUUAACGGCAAAAGCCAAAUUGUUCGACAACCAUCCAGUUCUUGGAAAAGAAAAUGGCAUCCAUGGUCAGGCCUUGGUUUGUAUAUUGA